GAAGUCGAGGCAAUCCAAUGCUAUAUAGGUAUACCAUUAACAAUUUGUAAACAGAACGGCGAACACGUUUUGGCACUCGGCGGAGCUGUCAUCAUCAAGAACCACCGGCCCCGUCGAAUACGCGCAGUGACGCGCACGCAUAAAAUGGCCGGCGUCGCGACGUCGGCGUCUUGAGCGCGGGUGCACACGUUAUUGAACAGCUGUUCGUAAAAUGGAGCUGGCUCUUGUGACGUUCCCCUGUUGUGGUGUGUGCGUGUGAUUGUGAUGUGGCUAUUUCUGAGAAAUUCGGGGACAAACGAUGAGGAGGAACCAGCAGAGUCAAUCGCAGCUGCAGAUCGAACACAGCGAUGACGAUUGCACGUCUUCACCGUCGCAAAUAUUGGAACGCGUCCAGUCUGAUCGUGUGACAGUCACCAAGCCUGAAGAAGACCGAAGGAGGAGAACUAUAAUCGUGGAGAAGAAAAAUGGUUCUUUUGGAUUCACCCUCCAGAGCUACGGCAUCCACUACAAGAAGGAGAAGGAGAUCGAGAUGAUCACUUACGUGGACUAUGUCGACUAUGAUGGCCCAGCUUAUAGAGCUGGAAUGAGAGAGGGAGACGUGAUUCUAUCCAUAAAUGGAACAGAUAUGGAGAAGGCCGAUCAUAAGACGCUCGUCAACUACAUUAAGAACUGCGACAGCAGGAUGAGGAUGGUGGUACUGUUUGAAGACUGUGUGAGAAAGGUUGAACUGCACAUGAGAUACAUUCAGCUUCAAAGGAUCUUACAGAAUAAAAUGGAGGAGUUAGAGAGACUAUGCGUGAGAGAAAAGCAAUUGUUGGAAGGAAAGUGGAAGACUCACAGCCUCCCAGCUAGGAAAAAAGCAUCGCAUACCAACAAUGGAGGACCAGCAACACCCACGCAAACCUCGUACAUGUAUUGCAGACCGACGGUAUCGACAGAGGAUGUCGCGAAAGUCGCUCAACAACAGAAACAGCCAACACCUCCUCUCGUUUUUGCUUACCAGUAUCUAGAUUCUCACUACAGAUACAUGCUGCACCCCUCGACAAGUUCCAGUGGGGAAUACCUCUUAACCUUCGAACCCCCUCGGUACAAGGAGCAGCAGACCAGCUUCAUCGUGAAGACUCCUUGCGAUCAGAAGCAGUCGCGAGGCAACCAAACUAAUUUGGGUACCUUGGAGAAGCCCAAGAAAACCCACGCGCCCUGUCAGAGCUAUGCGGGCCAAUUGUGCAACCCCUGCAUGCAGGUGCAGACCAGCAACGGCGAUAACACUAGCUUGGACGCUUAUGACUUAGCGAGUCCCUGCUGCGACCCUCGUUGCGUGCCGUCGAACAGGAGGCGGUCGAGGAGUCAGAGGGAGCAGCACAGGAAAAGAGAUUCAAAGACUGAGGAAACACAAACUGACCCUCAACAGCAACAAGUUCGAUCUCGACCACAUUCCCAGUCGUCGCAGACGACUCCUACCGCUCAGAGUUAUUCUGCACCGAGAAGAUAUUUCCACAUCGGUGCCGGCCUAGUCAGUCAGUGCAGCCUUCAUUCGUGCACCUCCAGCGAAAUCAGCAACGUCGUGCCUACAACGGCUGGAGAGAGCUCUGCCAACAGUUACACCACCUCCCUGAGCACCGACACCCUUUACUGGGACGGAUCCUGUGAUACAUCUAGACAGUUAAGCAUAAAAUCCUCGAAACACGACCACCAGAGGUACUCUCAACAACCCCAGACGUCCCACGAGCCCAUCUACGUGCAAUACAGCCAAGUCAAGCCAAAGUCGUGGGAUAACCUGGCCACGAAGGCCUUUGGUGGAUACGGUUUCGGUUACGGUUAUCUGGACACUUCACUGAAGUGUAACCAGAAAGCUGCUGCUGCUGCUGUUGCUCCUGGUGUUGGUAGUGUUGGUGUUAAUAGUAGUGGCAGUCGACCCCAUACCAAAGCACAAGCUACGCAGUGCGUUAGAGUGGAAAAACACGCAUCCAACAAUUGUUCUAAUCCCCCACAGUACACGCCACAUACUCAUAGAAGAUAUUUCCAGCCGACCAAAUCUACAGAAAGCCUACUCACCGUGCCGAAAUACUCAAACGAGGCGUUGUCCGAUUCUAGUCUGUCUUGUGAGUGUCUGGAAGUGUCCCCGGGACCAGAAACUGCAGAAAGUCGCUUCUUUCAGAGUCCCAGGCAGAGCGUCGUCAGCCCGACGGAUCCGAAUUUCGGAUACUACAGCGCGAAGCGAACUUCCAGGACCGAGUAUCAGAAGAAUGUCGUUUCUACGAGCAAGGAAGCUACCAGGCUGUAACUUAUUAUUUCGUAUGUCCAUAUGGGUGAUAUUUUGUAAUUUUUGAGAGAAAUUUUUAUUAGUUUACGGCACUACAAGCACCAGGGACUAUAAAUGUGAUAAUCGAAUGCGUAAUACUUUCUACCUCUUUUUAUCUUAUCAGUCCGAGCACGGUUGCUAAAUAAGAGGUUGAAUUAGAAAGUUACGUGGCCAUUUUCUAUCUCAUUAUCCUUUUGGAUGUAGAAAGUGUUUCCUAGUGAAACUAUUGAAGGGAGUGAUUACUCAGGUUCUAAAAUGCGCUAAAAAUUUUAAUUUUUUUCGAUGCACCCCAUGUUGAUUGCUUUGUCUUAAAUGUGUUUGAAUUUUUGUAAUCUCCUUUCAGGACAACAGAUAUAAGGUUUUUUUAUUCCUAUUAAAUAGUAAUUUACGAGGAAAGCACUAUUUAAUUAAUUUUUGGGACAUAAUUAAAAACGAAGAUCUCCGUACAUUUAGGAUUUUUAAAGUGUUUUUUUCUUAGAACCUGAUGACCUGAUGCAUAUCCCCUUUCAAUAUUGCAGAUGCCUUAGGGUCUUCUACUGUACCAAGUAAAUAUUUUCAAGUAAUUUUUCCAUUAGUUUACUAUUUGCGUAAAGUCUAGUCAGAUUUUCGUCUAGUAUUAUUUCCAUUACUCAAACGAAUUAAAAUUGUAAACAUGUACUUUUGAUGCUAUCUAACUGCGUUGAUGUGUGACUAGGGAAAACUGUUUAAUACAGAAUCCAUGUAUGAUUUCUAUAAUAGAAAUGUUUACUAUUACAUACUGAUUUUUCGUAGUUUGUGUUUUAUUUAAAGUUUUUAAAACGUAGAAACAAGAGAAGUUACCAAGCAUAACAAUAUUAUUUAUGUUUUGAUUGUUUUGUAUCAUAAACAUAGUAUCGAAUUGGAGAAUAUUACGCAUUUCGUAAUUAUUUACUAGUAAUUAAUUUAUAGAAUUUUAAAUAUCAUGAAACUUUGGAAACAUAAUUGGUAGAAAUGACAUAGACAAUAAGUUACGUUUAUAAUGCUUAUUAUAUACAACUAUGUAAGUAUAUUGUUUCUAUUAUUUAUUACAGUACCUAGGUGUUUUAUUACCAAAAAUUGUCUCAUGCAUGUCAUAUUUAAAAAAAUUAAAUAAAAUAUGUUGAACCUUACGAAGGCAGCCUUUUAUUUUCCCUUAUUCCUUAAGAAGCAAAACCAUGAUAAGUAUCAGUGGUAUCAGUUUUAAAACUAAUAUUAAUUUUAAUACAAAGUAUCACUUCUGUAAUAAUAUCA